CCCUCCCUCCACCUCCUCUUCAUCGGUCUAAACCCCGGUCUCACCACAGCCUCCGCGGGCCACGCCUACGCGCACCCCUCGAACCGCUUCUGGAGUCUGUUGCACAGCAGCGGGAUCACGACGCGGAGGUUGAGGCCUGAUGAGGAUGGCACGCUGCUGGACUGGGGGUGUGGGAAUACGAAUAUUGUGGCGAGGCCGACGCGGAAUGGGAGCGAGUUGAGUAGGGGGGAGAUGGAUGGGAGUGUGGGGGUGUUGGUGGAGAAGAUUGCAAAGUGGCGCCCAGAAGCCGUCUGUGUAGUCGGAAAGAGUAUAUGGGAAAGUAUGUUCCGUGUGCUAAAAGGGCGAUCACUCAGAAAAGACGAAUUCGCGUAUGGAUGGCAGGAAGGUGAACGGGUUGGGGUUGACGGAGACGGCAAAAACGGCGAGAUGAUCAAAGGAUGGGAAGGAGCGAGGAUAUUUGUUGCUUGCAGCACGAGCGGCCUAGCAGCCUCCGUUCCAUUCGCGGAAAAAGAACGCAUCUGGCGGGAACUGGGUGUUUGGAUUCAAGGCCGUAGAGCAGAGAGGGCGAAUGCCGAGAUAGCUGAACCUGCCGUGAAUAUAUAG